AUGUAUAUGCUCGGCGUUCACCUUCCAGACCACAAGCUGGUCCGGAUCGCCCUGACGAGCUUCUAUGGCAUCUCGUAUGACACGGCGCGACGGAUCUGCGCGCGUCUGCAACUGCACGAGCGGGCGCCAGUGUCUUCUUUGACCGAGGCGCAAAUCACCCAGCUCUCGGCCUACCUCUCUUCGCCCGGCACCAUCCCGGCGCGCAAGGACUUCCCUACGUCACCGACCCCGGUCAGUCCUUCCUCGUCGUCAUCCUCGUCAUCCGCGUCGUCGGGGAAUGCAGAAGAAUCGACCGGUCCCGCUGUGCCCGACCAGGAGCUGCCCCCGUCGCGGAGGGCAUCGCCCGCGACGGAUCCGCUGCGGAGCAUCGUCAUCGAGGCCGACCUGAGGCGGCAGCUGCAGGCCAACAUCGCCCACCACCGUACCGUCGGAAGCUACAAGGGACGGCGACACGCGGCGCACCUUCCCGUGCGCGGCCAGCGGACCAGCACCAAUGCCAACACGGCCAAGAAGCUCAACCGCGUCGAGAGGAGGGCGUUCACGUCUUCUGCGCCAGCGGGACCGCAGUCAAAGACGAAGAGCUCGGACCUGAUGGAGCUGCUCAAGCCGUUGGUCAAGCUGCGCUUCCACGGCUCGCCAUGA